AUGCCUUCAACAUUUUUCUAUGAUGAGCCCGUUCCAAACGAGCUUAUUCCAAAAAUGAUAAUAACAGGUGGAUAUACAUCGGUUUACACAGAAGAAGCACCUCCAGUUCCAAUAGUUGGAGAUUGGAAGAAAAGAUAUUGCACUUUGGCCGAUUCAUUCACUCCAAUUUUAGACAGAGUUCAUAAUUUCGAAGUUCGAGAAAGUGAUGUCUGGAUACUGACGAGUACAAAAUGUGGUACAACAUGGGCCCAGGAAAUGACCUGGUUAAUUUUGAAUGAAUUUGAUUUUGAGAAGGCAAAAGAAGUCGAUCUAACAUUACGAUCACCUUUCUUAGAAUUCAAUGGUGUUGUACCAAAUGUCGAACAUGAUACGAUGAAGUAUGCUGAUGAAAUGGAUUCGCCAAGGUUAAUCAAAUCACAUCUACCAAUACCACUUUUGCCAAAACAGCUUUGGACAAAGAAGCCAAAGAUCAUUUACGUUUUUCGAAAUCCCAAAGAUGCUGCCAUCUCCUACUUUCACCAUUGGAGAGGAAUGGUUGGCUACAAAGGAACCAAAGAAGAAUUCAUGCACGCCUACAUGGAUGGCUAUGUAAACUUUAACCCAUUCUGGCCACAUGUCUUAGACUUUUGGCAACUGCGCGAACAGCAAAACAUUUAUUUUACCAGUUACGAACGCAUGAAAUUCGACUUGCGUGCAGUUGUAUCUGAUGUUUGUCAGUUUUUGAAUAAGAAAAUUACAUUCGAAGAAAUGGAAAAACUUGUCGAUCAUUUGUCAUUUGAUAAAAUGAAAAUCAAUCCCUCGUGUAAUCAUGAAAAGGAAUUCCAGAGUAUAAAGCAAGCUGCUGGAGUGGAAGUUGAAGAUUUUAGAUUUGUCAGACGAGGUAUUGUUGGAAGCCAUAAAGAUGAAUUGCCACAGGAUGUGAUUGAGGAAUUUGAUGAAUGGAUCUAUGAUAAUUUAAAAGACUAUAACUUAACAGUGAAAGAUAUAAUUUCAUAUCAUAAAUAUUAAUUAACGAGGAAUAUAACUCUUUAUUAGAUACCUAAGCUUAAUUUAUACUAUAUUCAAUAUAUUCAAUGUUAAAC